AUGGGGAAUAGCUCGGGGUUGGGGCAGCCUCUGGGCAGAGCCCAAUUGUCCCAGGUCAAUCAGUGCUUGGACGCGUUUCAGCAAGAGCUUUGGAGAUUGCACAGUGAGCCCAACGAGGGUGCUUCGAGUGGGUCCCCCUUUACCCAGGAAGUACAAGAUAAGCCGGUACCCCUUAACUUCAGGUUCCUGACAUUGGAAAUGUACGAUGGAGGCUCCGAUCCCAUGGAGCAUGUCUCUACGUGGUUCAGUCGGCUGCGCCAAGCUUUAGUCUCGUCCUUCGACCAGUUGGCCGAGGAAUUUAAGCAAAGCUUCCUCGCCAGCGCACGACCCAGGCCCUCCAUGGCCACUUUGCUUGCACUAUCUCAGCGUGAGGAUGAGUCACUCUCUCAGUUCGUGUCGUUGAUCGAGAAGUCGCCAGCGACCAUCUCUGAGAUGCUUCAAUGCGCCAACCAGUACGUUGCCGCCGAGGCUUUGGUGGCGGGGAGGCGCAUGGAAGGCAAGAAGCCCAGGAUGGAGCUGUCUCGAGGAACGACCUCGGUGGUCCCGAUGCCUCCCCGCCGAGGGCCCAACCGACAAGACCUGCUGCUCCCAAGACCCCCACCUCUCCUCCUAAACGCAUCCUGCACUGAGAUCUUCCUCCAAAUCAAAGAGUCGGGCCUCUUGCAGCAGCCUCGCCCUAUGAAGGCCGCCUGCAGAGACCAAUCUAAAUACUGUAGGUUCCACCGGGACCACGGCCACGAUACGGAGGACUGCCAUGACCUCUGGAACCAAAUAGAAGCUCUAAUAUGGAGAGGCCACCUCGGACGCUAUCUCAAGUCCCGAGAGGCAAUUCCAUGCCCCAGAGGGCCUCCCGAGAGACAGAUCGAUGUCAUCUCUAGCGGGCCGGCAGCCGGCGGCACUAGCACAGUAGCAAGAAAGGCCUACGCACGUAGUGCGGUGGAGAAGUGUCCCUGGCUUGAGCACGAGCCCACAAUUACCUUUGGAGCAGGAGAGGUUGAGCGCUCCCACCAUGACGAUGCUCUGGUGAUCUCCGUCCAAAUCGCUAACGCCUGA